CGUCAUUCCCAACAAUGAUUUUAAUUAUAUAUCCUCGAUAUUAUAUGACCGGAUUAUACGGAAGCAAAGCAUUAUCCGAAAAAUCUUUGCUCAAAAUUACCAUCUCCGUGGAUAAAACUAUUGUAACUAUAAAGAGACCAUCUUCAAAUUAUUUGGCCCAACAAUCAACACCUUCCUCAGCACUUAGCAAUAAUCAUGAAAUGCGUUAUCAAACGAUGGCUCUUUAG